CAGAGCACAGCUGACCAGUUAGGCAGCAGCUGUUGCUGCUGGUUCCUUCUGCAGGUGCAUUCAAGGCGGAACCCACCAACUUGAAGCAUCUGUUGGUGCCGGCAGCCUGGACAAUGCGGCCAGUGUCUGGCAGCCACUCCCUCUCCCUGGGCCUCCUUGGGAUUAUGACCUUGCUCCUGCACCCACCCAGCCUGCUUGGUUGCAGGUUUCUCCCCAGGAUUCCACACGGAGAGUAUGAAGUUCUCCGUAGCGUGUUUGGGAUAGAUUACAAGGUGCAGUACAAGUGCAAGGAAGGCUACGCACUGGUUGGCACAGCCACAGUCACCUGCUGGUUUUCAGAAGAGUCGAUUCCUCAGUGUAAAGCCGCAUGUCUAAAGCCAAGGAUCCUGCAUGGAAAGCUGUCUGUGGAGAAGGAUCAGUACAUCACUCCUGACAAUGUCACCAUCCAGUGUGACCCUGGCUACAAGAUGGUUGGCUCCCAUAUUAUCUCUUGUUCAGAGUACAGAACUUGGACCCCAGCAGUGCCCACGUGCAAGAGGGAAGACCCGGUAAGACAUGAGGCAGUCCUGGAAGGCCAGGACCUCUUGCGGUGUCUCCCAAAUCCAAGCAACUCCAAAAUGGCCCUGGAAUUAUACAAACUGUCUGAGGAGAUAGAAAGAUUGAAGCAAGAGAGAGACAAGGGGAAAAGCACUUAAAUAUACAAUAUCUCCUUCCCAAAGGAGACAGAGAUUGUACUUUUUUGUGUCAUUCUGGAAAGAAAUCUUUAGUUUGUCAACUUCACCUGAGCCUCAUCAUAUUUUGCAGUCAAUGACUUCGGAGAAACUAGCUAAUAUAUAUAGUGAUCCUAGAAAGAGGAACUAUAUACAUCACUUUGCUUAAGUUUUUAGUCUUCUGGAGUUGGCAGGCUACCUGAAAUGAACAAUAAUCUAUUAAAAUUAA